GUAACAUUGCUGUUUCUAUUCUGAGAAGGCCGUAUUCUGUGACUUAAUGUGCAUGAGCAAUUGUUUUACCCAUUUGCACGCCCAUGAACAUUUUAAACGUGUAAAUAAAACCAGGCGAUCCUUUCAAACCCUUAUUGCUAUGGAGCGUACUUUUCCUAUUUGUCCGCUUUUAAAUACUGGUUUUCAAAAGGAAAUUGCGUUUUGCGGCUCUUUAAAAUUUUUCGCUAUAUGCACAUUCCUUUACUGCACGGACAUCUGAAACGGACUUUAGUUGUGUUUAUGAGACGACUAAUAAAUAUGACUGUGAGCAACACCUUGUGGGACAAAAAUUUCCUGUUUUCCGUGUGUUGUGUUAAGAGGUCACCUCAUAUCUCUUCGUUUCGACGUUAGCAUAUCAGAUUUUAAGAUCAAGUGGCAACAUUGGAAUCUCCGCGUCAAAAUACGAUUCCCGCUUAAAUUUAAAAACAAGAAUGACACUAACGAACGGAUCGUCUAAGGUAGGACCCCUCACGUUAUACGAAGAUACACAUACAUGGGUAUAAAGAUCAUACUCAGAAAUUAAGUAAUGUCUGAUUAAUCUAGAUCUCGACAUACGGCACUAUCAAUUUGGUAUCAAAACUAUUGUGUCAAAAAAACCUUAAUUCAAUUGGCAGCACUGCACCAUAGAAUAUGAACAGCAGCAAGCACAAACUCUGUGGUAGCAAGUAGCAAAUGUACCAUAACCUCAACUAUUUUAAAGUAAAUAAUAAAUAUUUGAGGAAAAUCAAUGCAUAAUGACACAAUUAUCCGGUCCAGAAAUAAAAAACUCAUUGAGAAAGUUAGAUUAUCCGUUAUGUGCCAAAGAAGCAAUAAUAAAAAUCGGACAAUUAAUUUGCAACCGCAUUCCAAGCUUGAAACAUAUGGAUUUAGCGUUAGAUCUAAUGGCCGAAUUAAUUUUCUGCGAGAUAGAUCGAAGAGGAAAUAAACGGCAGUCACCUUUAACUUCGCUAGAUGAAUUACAACUUUUAGAGAUACUGUACGACUAUAUUAAUGGUACUAGUAAUGAAACAUCGAGAAAUGCAGUAUUCUUGUCGUUAUUUAGCGGUACUACGGCUAUGAUGAGGUCAAAGAUAUUGGGUAAAUUAAUUUCGGUUGCAAUUGGUAUUCCUGCACCAUGCGUAUUGUUUUCUGCGAGUGUUUGGAUGCAACAGUUAGGAAAUACGUCCCCCAACAGUAAGCAAUUGGCAAAAUCGUUAAUUAAGGACUAUUUCAUCUUGUCGCCUAGUAGUGUUCCUAAAUUGAGCGUUUUGCCUCACAUUGCACCUCAAUUCACAGCUAAUUUCCUGACGGCAGUUUCCAAUUUGUACUUCAAUGAUGGAAACAAAAACCCAAUUCUAUUUCCCCCGACAAACUUACUGGAAAUGAUUACACUUUGGGUUAAAGACAACACAGGACUGUGCAUUGCUGCACAACAGACACAAUCGUCGUUACCACCAGGCGCAAUAGCAAUGGAAGCUACUACCCCAAUAGCGGGCCUACUAAAUUGGACUAUCCUGGCACCUCUUCACGGUCAAACUUCCGAGUUGUACGGAAAACUACAUCUUGGUUUACUAAACAGUAUAUUGGAGAUACAACCGGUUACUCCGCCCCGUGCCAUUUCCGCCGCGCAUCUCCUGCAGCCAUUGGGCAAUAUUAUUAGGUACUUAAUUGACUAUCAGAGAAAAUGUAAGGAAAAUGAUAACGGUAUUGAUAAACAGAACAGAUUAAUUGAAAAUGCUGAGCUACAACUUAGUUUAGAUCGGUAUGCGCAAGCGAUUCAGGUCGCGUUGUCUGUUAACUGUGUUUAUGGUAAUAUGGACGACUUUUUCUACCAACUUACACAGUUACCACCAAAUCGUUUAUUGCACAUUGUUACACAUACGCAUAAGUCCAAUAAAUGAAUAUUUUAUAUACAUUAUUAAUCGGUUGACUGGGCGUUUUUUAACAAAGCAAAGCAACCUUAGUAAACAAAUGCAGUGCAGUGUUGUCACCUUUUUUUAUAAGACUGAUUUAAAGUAAAUAUUCUGGCAUUGAAUUGAAUUUAGUUAUAAAUUAAAUUCCACUAGACAUUCUAGGCUGCACUGUCAUGGCCGUAUGCACCGACAAAUUUAAGUGAGGCUUAGCUUGAGCGUAGCUUAAAAUAAUAUAUACACAUAAAAUUGGAAGGAUUUUAAAUGUACGGAUUGUGGCAGCCUUGUAGAGCCUAGAACGGCACUCUUACUGCACUACACUACCUUUAGAGCCACAAAAGGAAGCAAGUAAACGUGGGAGCUUAUUUAAGUGAAAUUUAACACAAUCAAUUAAAGAGAUGUACGAUAAAUCAUUCUUCAGAGUUCAUAAACUUUUUACGUUAGUACAGUACAAAUUCCAUAGAAGUAGCUUCUGAAUUCUUAGCUGUUACAAUUAAACAAAACCUAUUCCACAAGUAACGCUCUGUAACAAAUAACAAUUCUUUAUUUUUUCACAUGCCUUCUCAUUUCCUCAUCAAUAUAAUUAUCUAAAUCCUUUAACGGUUUAUAAUAUACAUGUACUAUUUGUGCACCUGCUAACAUUGUAAGCAUAGCGGCACUUAAAAACGUUACAUAUCUGGGCCAUGAAACUCCCGCAGGCAUGCUUACACUUUUCCGAGUUCUUGUUCGACAGUAUUUUUCGCUUGUCGACGUUUGUACGUAUUAU